AUGAUUCCAUCCCUGAUGAAAGGAGACCUCGUUGACGUAGGCAAUCUCGCUGAUGUCAAGGUGCUGGACAUUGGCGGCUCCAACAGCACUUUGAACGGCGCGAAAAACUCAUCAUUGGCAUCCAGGGCGGCGUCUUGGAUUUACAACAGAGACGAGCAUACCGAUAGCACGUUGGACAAGCGAGUGACUUGUCGUUACAAACAAAUCAACUUUGGAGACAGCUGUGCGGCUCUGGCCGCUCGAUGUGGCAUAUCGCCUGCUGAUUUUUCAACGUUCAACCCCUCUACCAAUCUUUGUUCUUCUCUUAAGCCGGGAGGCUAUCCUCAGCCAAAUCCUGAUGGCACUUGCGCACCACAUGUCAUUGUCAACGGUGAUUCUUGUGACGAUCUGGCCAAGAAAAACAACAUCACGACUGCUGAUGUUGAAAAGUUCAACCAAGGCAAGACUUGGGCUUGGACAGCGUGUAAAGACAUGCUUGUUGGUUAUAACAUGUGUCUGAGCACUGGCAGGGCGCCACUCCCACCUCCGCAAGCUGGUGCAGCGUGUGGCCCCUUAGUUGCUGGGACAAAACUUCCAGCAGACAACACCACUUCGAUUGCGGAACUGAAUCCAUGCCCCCUCAAAGCAUGCUGCAGCAACUGGGGGUUUUGCGGUAUAUUCCCCGCUCACUGUGACAUACAUGCUCCUCCAGGUGGUGGUCCUGGAACCAAGGAAAAGGGGUUUCAGAACACUUGUGUCUCAAACUGUGGUAACAAGAUCAAAUCAAAUUCAGGCCCUCCUCCGAGAUUUCAACGGAUUGGCUAUUACGAGGCAUUUGGCCUUGAUAGAGAUUGCCUCUGGCUAGAGGCCAAAAAUGCAAACACUGACGGCACUUACAGGCAUAUCCAUUGGGGCUUCGCUACCAUCGAUUCGGCUACGUGGAAGCUCAAAAUCAACGACACCAAAGGUCAAUGGGCAGACUUUAAAAAGCUGCCCAAUGUGAAGAAGAUUGUGUCCAUAGGUGGCUGGGCGUACUCGACCGAAGCAGCAACCUACAAUAUUAUCCGACAAGCCAUUACCACAAACAAGAAUGCGUUUACUACGAAUAUUGCUCAGUUUGUCAAGGACGAAGGCAUAGAUGGCAUUGACAUUGACUGGGAGUAUCCUGGUGCACCGGAUAUUCUGGUUAACGGCCGGCCAAUUGGUCAAAAGAGUGACGGUGCUGAUUAUCUUAGUUUUCUCACAUUGCUAAAACAGAAGUUGGGCUCAGGAAAGUCCGUAUCAAUUGUAGCACCGGCUUCAUAUUGGUACCUAAAGGCCUUCCCCAUUGACCGAAUCAGUGCGGUCAUCGACUAUAUUGUGUAUAUGACCUAUGACUUGCACGGCCAAUGGGAUUAUGGGAACACAAAUGCGUUUGACAUGUGCCCGUCAGGCAAAUGCAUUCGCAGUCAUGUCAACAUCACUGAGACCAGAAACUCUCUUGCGAUGCUCACCAAGGCUGGCGUGCCAAACAACAAGAUCUUCGUCGGUGAAGCCAGCUAUGGAAGAGCUUCCCAUAUGGCUGUGGAUGGGUGCUGGGGACCAAUGUGCGACUUCACCGGCACCAGACUUCAGUCUGAUGCGAGACCUGGGCGAUGCACCAAGGCACCAGGGUAUCUUGCCUACGCAGAAAUCAACGAGCUCAUUAAGAACGGUCAUAGUGAUCAGGCAUUCCGUGAUGCAGGAUCCGAUUCGAACGUAAUGCUUUACAAAGGGGACUACGUGAGCUAUAUGUCAACAGCAUUGAAAGAGACAAGACGAACUGAAUGGAAGGGGCUAAACUUUGCGGGAACCAUAGACUGGGCCGUUGAUCUGCAGUCUUUCACGGCAGACGACAUGAACCAUCCACCGGUGAUACCGAAGCCUGGCGCUAUUGGAUGCGUCUCCGGAACAGACAAGACCAUUAAUUCCGGAGAUAUUUGUGAAUUCGCAUGUGGCCACGGUUUCUGCCAGGAAUCUCUCUGUGUUUGUAGCACAAAAGGAGAGGUGGAUAAACUUCCAACAGCAUCCAAAAUCGAUGUUAUGGCUUGGGAUCCGGCUGACGUCGACCUGAACCGGCUCUGCAAAUUCAGCUGCAAAUAUGGCUAUUGUCCCCAAGAUGUUUGCACAGGCGUUCCUAAAGCUGACGAUGCAGAAAUCGAAGAGGAUGCCGGAGCGUAUCACUACAACUACACGGAUGCGAGAUGGGACGUGAGUGUCAACUCUUGUAAGCGGGUGUGUCAGGCAGCACUCGACGAUGCAGAAAAAGAAGGCCGGACAAGCAACUAUGGCUGUAUUGGCAACUUCCCGACCGAUCGGGAUAUUCCGUGGACAAGGCCUCCCGGAAAGGAUUAUGACAUGGCGCCAGGACAGUGCUUCUGCGAUAGUGUGCUCGUCAACGAGAUCGCCGAGUUCGUCCUAGAUGCGCUGCCCAUUGUUGCUCAGAUUGGGUGCUACCUUCUCAUGUCCACCCUCAAACUUGUCCUUGACGUCGGUCUGGACUUGAUCCCCGAAGUUGGGAAGCCUCUCGACGCCGGAUUGGAUAUGGCGAUCACUGCGACUGAGAUGGUGAAGUACAUAUAUCCGCAAGACGAGGACCCUGCGGGCGCUUUUGAGUGGUGGUUGAGCCCAUGUGGUGGUUCCGGGCUGGUGCCAGACGACAUCAAGCAGAUCUUCGACACUCUUAGCCAGGUAGCAGGCGGCGUUUCGAGUUUCAAACCCCCGAAAAACAUCCCCAAAGGAAGCGGCAAGAAAGGUGACGACGGCAAUCCGACAGAUAGAGGAAAGCCUCGGCCCAACACUGGUGGCAGCGGAAAAGGCACGCCGACCAAGCAGACCCAGCGUCUGGGUCAGGGGAAGAACACGCUGCGCAUACAAUCCUGUGUCGGCGACAAGACAAAGACCACCGAGAUUGUUGUCACCUCGCUCGACUACGCAGCCAAUGCGAAGCCAACACAAGUGGCCAAGCAUUGCGAUGCUGCUUGGUCGCAGGCGUGCUAUCAUUACAGCUCAGCCAUCCAGGUCAACCGCCAGUGGGCAACACUCACAUGCCCGCAAGAGGCAGCGGCGACAAAACAUCGUCUCGACGCCCGAGCGACGUCGGUUUGGUCGAGUCAGCACGCCGGAGAAGGCUGGCAAGAUCGAGAUGCUGCCGGACGCACAUGGCAGAACUGCGACAGGGACGAGUACCCGCCAGCAUAUCUUCUGGGCGAGACGGACCCAGCCUAUAUCAACAGCGGAUCGAACAGCAAAGGGCAGUUGGUUCGCUAUGUGCCCAACACGCAGAAUCCAAAGGCUGGUCAGAUGUGGAAGGGCACAUGCUUCGGUACUCCGGUACGCGCCUUGUCCGACAAGGUCUUGAUGGACAGCGUGGCAAAGGCGCCUCAGUCCAAGAAGCAGAAUAUCCAAAAGGUAAACUUUGAGCAAACAAUGGCGGAGAUUGGUGUUGACACUCGCCCCGAGUUUACCAUCUCGUCAUGGGGUCCUCCAAGCAGUUCGGAUGCCGGUCUGUCGGCCAAUCCAUGCUGGCCAAAGGGGAUUGCUGCCGCCGACCCUGGGUUUGCUUUGCUCACAUAUGAUCCUUAUUAUGGAGGCCGAGCGCCGGCGUACGACUACAAAGCCAAAUAUGUCAAAGGCUCAAACGGGUCUUGA